GUCAGUAUAGGGUUUUCAGAGUUUUAGAAGACAUACUGACAUUUUUAUUUCUAAUAGAUAAGUCUGCCAAUAAAUUUGCCAAAUUUUGUAUUUUGGUUAGAAUUUUACAUCAGGGACUUGGCAUUUCAUGAUAAUAAUACACACCUUAUAGGACUUUUAUGAAGAGGAAGUGAGUUAAUUUAUGUGACGUGCUCUGUCUAUGCUGCUGUGAUGAAGACAGAUGGUGACCGAUGACCAGGAGGAUUUUACGUAAUUCGUACAUUAUACUAAAAAAAUGUACUCUCUACCUUGAGGACAGACAUGAUCGUAAUUUUCUAUUAUUCUAAGGCCUCAGAAUUUUAGCCAGAAAAUGAUAUCGGUGAGUUUAUGUGUCAGGAAUUUUUAUGCUAAAAGAUUUGGAUUUAGCAUAGUAGACAGUAAAUAAACAGCAAAAGGUUUUCAUCAGAGGGCCUGCGGGAUCAAAUUUAACUGUCACGCUAACAAGAUCUUAAUUUUGAGAAACAGCAGAUCAGAAUUCUGAAUCUUGUUGAAAAGUUUGGAUUUUAGCCAUUAGGGGUUUUACAGAAGGGCACGUGUGUGUGUGUGUGUUUGUUUUUCUUUCUUUUUUUUUUUUUAACGAUCAGCCCCAUGGUUAAAGAGAAAACUCAGAAGUAACGAAAGGUGUUAAAUAAAUGUAUAAAGAGCAGGAACCGUAGAGUUCAUUUCUGGAAUGACCAGAAGUCCAUGUGCCGUGCGAGAAGAACAGUGCAAAUCACCCAACCAAAACGUCUCUUUAAACUCGGUCUCGGCGCACUAAACCACCCAGAACUAGACAUUCGAAAAGCCAUUCCAGGGCGACCAGGUGUCAAGGGUACCUCUGGCUCUGCCCCAUCCCCACCCCUCACUCGAUAUCCCAGCUCCACUGGAUACACCCCCCUGCUGGGAGGAAACCAACCAGCACAGAGAGAGGGGUGUCUACCAGAGCGAAGAGGUCAAGGUCAGCCCCACCUGGGGCCAGUCAAUACGUGUGCACACGUGGGACUGAGGCCCGAUGCUGGAGGUAGAACCCCAACACCCCUUCCCCCCAAACAAAGAGAACAAUCCUGGGGACGUGCAGAUUUUAGGAGGGGUAGGAGCUGACGGGCAGGUCUCCUGAGCAGCUCAGAGCUGUGGAGAACACAGCAUUGGAAGUCGAUGAGAGAAAGGAAUAGAAAUCAGCCCAGAAUUCCGAGUCAGAAUCCCGUCACAGAUGCGCACGUCUCUGGCACAUCGUACAAGUUUUGUAAAUGUUUACGGGAAAAAUGCAACCCGGAAUCCAGAUCUCUAUAUCCGGCCUCCCCAGGUUCUACAAUGAAUCUGGGAGAGGAAAUAAGAGAUAUUUGGGGCUGCUGACCCAACGUGACAGGUCAGUGGCCAAGUGCCCGUUUUCCCCUCUUCCCCUGAACUGGUCAAACCGUGGGCGUCUCUGCUGGACGGCCCCGCCCCGCCAAGCUUGCUCCGGGGUGCCUCGCCUGCCAGGCUAACAAGAUGUGACCCCUGUGCCUUCUGGGUGACCACAGGAGGGAAGGAGGGUCGACCAGGCACAGGUGCCAGGGAGAAACGAGCGGCCAGUACACCCCGCCAGGUGCCUGCCGGCAGGCCACAACAGCACCCCGGGCCCAUCGCCCCAGAAAAUUGAUGGGCUGUGAAUUUCUCACAGCCAUGGGAAGGAGGCCGGCCAGACAGGCAGGGUGGGUGAGACGGUCAGGGGCUGACCGAUUCUCUCCCUGGGGGCACCCCGAGUGGGACGCGGGGAGGCUUCCCCCAGUCUGUUCUCGUUUGUCUUGGAAAACCUGACCCUGACCUCUCAAGACCCUAAACGGCUGUCUUUACCCCGCGCCCCGCCCCCCACCAGGGUCUGAUCUCUGCGCCCGCAGUCGCCGGCCAGACGCAUCACCACCUUACCGGUCUUCAGAGAACACUCCUCCCAGCCGACGAAAUGAUAGAACCCUCUGAAGACUCAUUUGAGACGAUGAUGGAGCGUAAGAAUCCAUCAUCAAAACAAAUGGAGUCCUCCGAGGGCUCAUCCGGCGCCGCCGUGGAGAUGUCAGGCGGCGGGGCGCAGGCGGAGGCAGGGCCGGCCAGCGGCCCAGCCCAGGAAACGGAGGCGCUGCCCAUUGAUCUCCUCCAAGACAUGGAGGGGCCAUCCAGUGGCCCACAGAGGGAAAUAACGGAUCCACCCAAUGACCUACUCCAAGACCCGGAGGAGUCACGCGGUGGUUCCCGCCGGGAGCUGGGGGAUCCGGUCGACGAGGCACCUGGCGAAACGGAAGAAGCGUCAGGCUACGCGUGGGGGGUGCAGGACGAAGACGACGACAGCACUGACCUGGAGGCCGCGGGGGACGGGCCGCGCCCCGAAGAGCUGACCGACGCCUCGACCGCGGAGUUCAUGGCCAUGGUCCGGUCCAUCAUCUCUCUGUACUUCCGGAUGCAAGACCUCAGGGAGCAACAGAGGGUGGCGGAGGAGAUCUUGAUGAAAGGGGUCAGCGCAGGCCACCUGCCCAUCCCGAAACCCUUCUCCGGGGACCGCAGAGAAUACCACGAGUUCAUCGUGCUCUGCCAGCUGAUCCUACAGAGCUACACCCGAAUGUUCUACAGCGACCACCUGCGCGUGGGGUACAUCAUCUGCCACCUCACGGGCCUGGCCUUGGAAUGGGCCAGAGCUCUGAUGGAGGAAGAGAGUCCCGUGAUCAGGGACUUCCCGUCCUUCCUGGAGGCCAUGUCCGACGUGUUCGAGUACCGGCAGGCGCUGCGGGUGGCCGAGGAGGCCAUGUUCAACAUCAGGCAAGGGGACCGCGCCGCCAUCGACUACAUCAACGAGUUCCAGGGCCUGGUACCCACCCUGGGCUGGCCGGACGAGGUCCUGCAGGCCCACCUGUGCCAGGGGCUCAAAGAGGAGAUCAGGCACUAUCUGUUCCGCGUCCCGCAGCCGGACUCGCUGGACAGCCUGAUCGUGCUCGUCCUGCAGAUAGAAGAGAAGCUGGCAGAGAGACGGGCGAUGCUCAGGCUGCCCCCGGAGGCCCGCCCCCGGAACCUGACCUGGAUCGACUCACCUGCUCCGGAGAGGUGGAUGGUCAGCAGCUGGCUGCCCUGCGAGGUCCACCCCACCAUCGACCGGGACCACCUCUUCCUGCUGCUCAUGGUGAGAGUGAACCCUUACCACAGCGUGGCCGUGCAGGCCCUGGUGGACUCAGGGGCGGGCGCCAACUUCAUGGAUGAGCGCUUCGCCCAAGAGCACUACGUCGAGCUGUACGAGAAGCCCUACCCGCAGCAGAUCCAAACCAUGGACGGUUCGCUGAUCGGCAACGAGCCCGUCUGGCUCUACACCGAGCCCCUGGUGUGCAUCCACCAGAACCACCAGGAGCCCAUCGAGUUCGACAUCGUCCCGUCGCCCAACUUCUCCGUGAUCCUGGGCAUCAACUGGCUCCGCGUCCACACCCCCGAAGUCGACUGGGUCAAAGGCCGCUGCACCUUCCACUCUCCCUACUGCCUGAAGAACUGCUUCCGCCCACCCCCGCCAUGCAUCGCGCUGGAGGAACAUGCCAUCAGCCUGCUGCCCGGACUGCCGCCCCAGUAUUCCGACCUGGCCGACGUGUUUAACCCGAAGGAAGCAGAUGAUGAGACUUCCGACCAGCCAAGCUCAGACGGAUCCGAUGAUCUUUCUGAAUCAGAGCCCUCUGAGCUUCAGCAGGCUGGAGACAGUGAUCACAGCGAGACCUUCUACGAGUGUCCCUCGUCCGCGCCUUGGGAACCUGUGGGUGCUGGGACGCAAGAGGGAGCCAGGCUGCGGGAUGAGUACUGGGACCUGCAGGACAUGCUGACCGACAGACAGGACUACAUACAGAUGAUUCCGGAACUGUUCGACCAGUUACACGGAGCGACAUGGUUCACGAAGCUGGAGCUGCGUGGGACCGUGGUGGAGGAAAGCAUGAACAUAAAGCAGGCAGAGGAUGUGUGGCGGGCGGCGUUCGGUCUGGAGCUCCAAGAGAUGGAGAGCUACAAGCCCUUCACGAUCUCCCCGGACCCCACCAUCCCUCAGAGCGUGCUGCACUUUAUCCUCAAGGACAUGCUAGGCUACUCCGUGCUGUCCUACGGGCAGGACGUCCUCAUCUACUCCAUGAGCCAGGAGGAGCACCUCCAGCACGUCCGCCAAGUCCUGGCUCGCUUCCGGCACCACAGCGUCUACUGCUCCCUGGACAGGAGCCAGUUCCACCGGCACACGGCCGAGUUCCUGGGGUUCGUCAUCACCCCCAAAGGCGUGAGGCUGAACAAGAGCAUCGUGACCACCGUGACGGGCUACCCCAUCCCCGGCUCCAAGAAGUCCCUGCGCCACCUGAUCGAGUUCAUCUUCCCCUACCGCCACUUCGUGGAGCGCUUCACCAUGAUCACCGAGCCGCUGGUGCGGCAGCUCCUGACCAGCAGGCCCUUCUUCUGGGCGGACGAGGAGCAGGAGGCCUUCGAGUGCCUGAAGCGGGCCUUCCGCAAGGCGCCCCUCCUCCACCACCCCAAGCCCCAGAACCCCUUCUACUUGGAGACGGGCGUCACCAAGACGGCCCUGCACGCCACCCUGGUGCAAAUCGACGACCAAACGGGCAAGAGAGUCUCCUGCGCCUUCUACUCCCGAAACAUCUCCCCGAUCGAGGUCGAGUACUCCGCGCUGGAGAUGAAGAUCCUUCCGAUCCGGGCUGCCUUCAUGGUGUGGUGCCGCUACCUGGAGAACACCGAGGAGCCCAUCAUGAUCCUUCUGGACAAGGAGGACCUGGCCUCUCUGAACGAUGACAGGCUCACCGCACUUCUCCCCGGGCAUUGGGUGUACUUCUUCUCUCAUUUCCACUUUGACGUCAUGGAGCAGCCCGGGCAAGACCGCGGCCGGCCUCUGCCGCCCACGAGGAACCCGGGCCGCGGGCCGGCCCAGCCCCGCGACACCGCCCGGCCCCUGCUGCUCUGCGCCACCAGAGGCCCCCCCAGGGCCCCGCCCCCGGAGUCCGGGGAGGAAGAGGGAAGCGAGGACGCGCCUCCCCAGGAGGAGCCCAGCGGGCAGACCCUCCAGCAAGAGUUCCUGGCUCGCAUCCCAGCUGACCAAAUACUCAGCAGCCUCCUGGCCCACCUCAGCGUGGCGCAGAUCAGGGCGGUGAUCCUGCACUUCUUCCGAGGCCUGCUGUUCUGGAAGAACACGCUGGCCGUGGCAGCCCUGCUGGUGAUGCUGAAGGCCAGGCCGCGCCUCCCGCGGCUGCCCGCACGCGCCCUGGAGCUGGAGCCCGCGGCCAGGGCCCUGGCCCGCUUCCUGGCCGUGAUCUGCGCAGAGGCCCCAGGCCCCAGCAGGGGGAGGCAGCCCGGAGAAGGCGCCAGGCUGCGGGAACUCCCCGACGAGGACGCGGACGCGGGCGACCGCUGA